AUGCCCACUCCUGUUCGUUGUUUCGCAAUCGAUUCUCGCCAGCACUUAGACUCUCCUUUACUACGACCUGCGAACUCCAAUGUUUCAACCUCGUCAUUAUCAUACAGCGCUCCCUCUCAUUUAUCACCAUCCGCCUCUUUCUCAACCUCUUCUUCAUUAUCCGAGUCUGAUUGGGACCAUAACCCCAAUUUGCAAAUAUCCAACUUCUCCGAACUUCCUACGAGGGAUUUUGGAGCCAAUCAGCAUAUGAUCAUCAACCAGGAAUUCAAGGAAGCCUUACGACAAAUCCUUUGGCAAUUCCGUGCGCCCAUAAGAUAUGCAUUUGCUUACGGAUCGGGUGUCUUUUCACAAUCUGGCAGCGCCGCCUCCUCCACUCCAACCCACCCAUCCGCGCCGGCCGCAAUUAAGAACAUGCAACAGGGAUCGGGAAAGAUGAUCGACUUCAUUUUUGGAGUAUCCUACUCUCAGCAUUGGCACGCAUUAAAUUUGAGUCAACAUCGGGAUCAUUAUUCCGGUCUCGGUUCACUCGGCUCGUACGCUGUUUCUCAAGUCCAAGACCGAUUCGGCGCCGGUGUUUAUUUCAAUACCCACAUCACAAUAAACGGAACUUUGAUUAAAUAUGGUGUCGUGAAUCUGGACACAUUGUGUGAAGAUCUCACCCAGUGGAAUACUCUCUAUCUUGCAGGCCGCUUGCAUAAGCCUGUCAAGAUCCUCCGCGAUCACCCCAAGGUGCGAUUGGCAAACCAGAUGAACCUCUUGUCGGCUUUGCGGGUGGCUUUGCUACUACUUCCAGAGCGAUUUAGCGAAUUUGAGCUUUAUAGCACCAUUGCAGGCAUGAGCUACAUGGGCGAUCUGCGAAUGGUACUCCCAGCCGAAGAUCCCGGCAAGGUGCGCAAUAUUGUCUCUGGGCAGAUGGCACACUUCCGACGUCUUUAUGCGCCACUUAUCAACAAUCUCCCCAAUGUCGAUUUCCAAGAUCCACGUUGCACCCAAGAGAAUUGGAUCGACAACCCCGAUGCCAUUCUGGCCAUGGAACAGGACAUGGAUCCCAAGAAGCGCGGUAACAUGGUUCGACGUCUUCCAGAAUCCUUCCGACAGAAGCUUUACUUCCAAUACCAGUCUCGCUAUCAGAUUCCUCGAGCCGAGUUCAAUAAAAUGUUGCAAGAAAACAAUGACACAAAGCAAGACGUUCUUCGUCGACCUGAAGGUGGUCCCUUUGAGCGUCGUAUCGCUAGUGAUAACAAUCUGCAGGAGGAAGUCUCGAACUCAAUCUCGAAGACAAUUCGCUGGCCCAGCACUGUCCAAACCAUCAAAGGACCUUUGACUGCGGGCCUUGGCAAGAGCUGGAACUAUAUCAAAGAAAAGCGAGAGAAGCAUAAAAAGUCCCAGACAAUUGCCAAAUCAGCCCCUGCAAAGUCUAACGCAAAGAAGGAGUAA